UCAUGACCAGUGCAUGCUCCUGCAACAACAAGAACAACAUUCUGCUCGCGCCUCAUGACACCCCCACGCCUUCCGCCAGCAACCAAGCCACAUCGCAUCCAUGCUUCAGCGACGUUCCAAGGUGGCGCUCCAAGCUUUCAACCUCACCAAACUCCAACGGCAAGCGGCUCCUCCUCCUACCCAUCCUCUCCCCGGGCUAUAUAAACAGCCGCCGCUCGUCGCGUUAUCGUCCAGCCUCACCCACAGCUUCCCACUCCCCAACCGCCUCGCCGUAACGUCCGCUUUCUUCCGGCCACAAGCACACCCCCAUCACAUGGCCGGCGCAUCCGCGCAGCCCGCGUGGGCGCAGGCGCUAGCGGCGGUGGGUCUCCUCAUCGCCUCUCGCGCCGCGACGUGCCUGGCUCUGUGGCUCUACGCGGCCUUCCUCCGGCCCGCCAAGCCGCUACGCCGCCGGUACGGCGCCUGGGCCGUGGUCACGGGCGCCACGGACGGCAUCGGCCGCGCGCUCGCCUUCGAGCUCGCCUCCGCGGGCCUGGGCCUCGUCCUCGUGGGCCGCAGCCCCGACAAGCUCGCGGCCGUCGCCUCAGAGAUCAGGACCAGGUCUUCGUCGUCGUCGCGCCCCGCCGAGGUGCGCACCUUCGUCAUCGACUUCGACGACGCCGACGGGCUCGCCGCGAGCGUGGACGCGCUCGGGGAGUCCAUCCGGGGCCUGGACGUCGGCGUGCUGGUGAACAACGCCGGGCGGUGCUACCCGUACGCGCGCUACUUCCACGAGGUGAGCGAGGAGCUCACGAGGAGCCUGAUACGGAUCAACGUGGAGGCCGUCACCCGGGUCACGCACGCCGUGCUCCAGGGCAUGGUGGAGCGGAAGCGGGGCGCCGUCGUCAACAUCGGCUCCGGCGCCGCCACCAUCCUGCCGUCCGACCCGCUCUACGCCGUCUACGCCGCCACCAAGGCGUAUGUCGAUCAGUUCUCGCGAAGCCUAUAUGUUGAGUACAAGAACAAAGGCAUCGAUGUGCAAUGUCAGGCACCCAUGUACGUGGCGACGAAGAUGGCCUCCAUCAGGAAGCCGUCGCUGUUCGCCCCGUCCCCGGAGGACUACGCCCGCGCCGCCGUGCGGUACAUCGGCUACGAGCCCCGCUGCACGCCGUACUGGGCGCACUCCCUGGUCUGGUUCCUCUUCUCCGUCCUGCCCGAGUCCGUCGCCGACCGGUACGUCCUCAACAUGUCCCUCGGCAUCCGCCACAAGGGGAUGGCCAAGGACGCCAGGAAGAAGGCGCAGUGAUGUAUGAGCUGGCAAUUAGACGCACGCACGUACGAGCAUUUAGCCCACACUUCAUGGCCUGAAAUCCUGAAUGUCCAAAUGCUGUAAUAACGAGUACGUGCUUGCUGCGUUUCUUCGAUGGCAUGGUCGGUCCCAAAGGCCCACCUGAUAUUAAAGCUGGUCAUAGUGAGAAGUAACAUAGAGUAGUAACGUGUAUAUGUUACUAGUCUAAGUUACCACCUCCAUAGUAAGUAGUAACAUAUAUGUGAUGUCAUGCAUUGUUUCAUUUAUUAGGUUGUAGACUCAUCUUGCUUUGGUUUGUGUGAUGUUAUGAUAACAUAUUUAGUUACCAACUCA